AUGGGCGCAGGCUGCGUCGGAUUCGACCUGGAAUACGUGCCCGACUACUACGCCUCAGCGCUGAGGGAUAGGAGCGCCCGCACGCGCCCUGCUGUGAUCCAAAUUGCCAGCAGUGACGUUUGCCUGGUCUACCUUGUCUACAAGAUCGGUCACUUGCCGGAGUCCAUCUCGUCCGUUUUGCGGGACCCGGCGGUUUUAAAGGUAUCGCAUGGCGCGCCGUCUGACAUGCGCUUGCUGUAUCGUCAUUUUGGGGUCCAGAGCCGGAGCUUCGUCGACCUGCAUCAAGUGUGCCAGGAGAUGAGGCUGCGCCCAUGCAGCCUAAAGAACGUAGUUGAACAUGUGUUGGGUUUGGGCCUGACCAAAAAGCACCAGUGCUCGAACUGGGAGGCGGCAGCGCUUUCCCAGGAGCAGAUCCAGUACGCCGCAACGGACGCCUGGGUGACGCUGGAGGCGUUUUUGCGAAUAAAACCGCGAUCGAUUCAGAAGCUCCUGGUAAACGAUAACGGAGACGUGGAAUUCGCCGAUUCUAAGGCGUCUGGUGAAAAAACUAGCCGGAGCGCUUGA